AUGUGUAAUCAUUGUUUUAAAAUGUUAUGCCGUGGGUAAGCGAUGAUUUCAAGUUGUGUCCUCUUAUGUAAAUAACAAAUAAAUAUGAAAUUAAUUCUAAUAUAAGAGAAGAAAGUAAAUUAUAUUAACAUGGCGGUUGUAGUUGAAACUACAAUAGGGGACUUUACUGUCGAUCUAUACACCGAAGAUCGCCCUCAAACAUGCCGGAAUUUCCUAAAAUUAUGCAAACUAAAAUACUACAACUGGAAUUUGUUUCAUUCUGUUCAGAGCAAUUUUAUUGCUCAAACUGGAGAUCCUACCGGUACUGGCAAAGGAGGAGAAAGUGUCUAUGGAAUAGUAUUAGGUGAAAAAGCACGAUAUUACGAGGCGGAACAAAUGCCAAAAAUAAAACAUGAUAGAAGUGGUUUGUUGUCUAUGGUUAACUGUGGUAAUAAUAUGUUGGGAUCUCAAUUCUUUAUUACUCUUGCACCUGAGUUGCAAUCACUAGAUGGAGAACAUUGCGUAUUUGGUGAGAUCACAGAAGGUCUAGAAAUUAUAUUAAAGUUCAAUGAAACCAUCUGUGAUGGGGACCAUAGACCUUAUCAAGAUAUACGUAUAUCCCAUGCCGUUAUCUUGGAGGAUCCAUUUGAGGAUCCAAAGGAUUUUGUUGUACCUGAUCAGAGUCCACCACCUACGAGAGAAGUUCUAAUGAGCGAUAGAAUUGGAGCCGACGAAGUGAUAGACGACACAGCUGGGAUGACAAUAGAAGAAAUUACAGAAAUGCAAAAAGAGAAAGAAGCAAAGGCAAGGGCAACGAUAUUAGAAAUCGUAGGCGAUAUUCCAGACGCGGAUAUGGCCCCUCCUGAAAACGUUCUUUUCGUUUGUAAAUUGAAUCCUGUUACGACCGAUGACGAUCUCGAAAUUAUUUUUAGCAGAUUUGGAAAAAUUGUUGGGUGCGAAGUUAUCAGAGAUAAACAAACUGGAGAUUCUUUGCAAUAUGCGUUCAUCGAAUUUGCAGAGCGUAAAAGCUGCGAAGAAGCAUAUUUUAAAAUGGACAACGUGUUGAUCGAUGACCGUCGUAUACACGUGGACUUUUCCCAGUCGGUUGCCAAAAUGAGAUGGAGAGGAAAGGGUAAAGGAAUACAGUAUUUUAAUGACAAAUAUGACGACGAGGAAGAGGAUGAAGAAAGUCAAGCUAGAGGUAGUUCAAGAAGCAAAAGAAAAGAUGAAUUUAGAGGGAAUCAAGUGAGAAGUCGAAGGGAAAACGAUAGAAGGGAGAGGGAGGAAAUACUGGAAUAUAGAAAACAUGAGCGUAGAAAAGAGUUUAAAGGAAAUCCAGAGUACUACCGUAACGAGGAAAAGUAUGCAGGGAAAGAACACUACAGAGAGGAAAGGUACGAAUACGAUUCUAAACGUAGAAAAGAAAGAAAACGAAGAAGCAAAGAUAGAAAUACAGAGAAGAGCAGAGAUCGGUAUCGGGAUAGAAAGGAGAAGAAAAAAUAUGCUAAUGAGAAGAAGAGACGGGACAGAGAAAGUUCUGAUUCCGAUAGCGAGGAUUCGAAACACGAAAAGCAUAAAGAACGUCACUCAGAUCACAAGAAAAAGCGUAACAGAGAUCGCUCCACGGAGAAAUACGAAAGAUCAGAUAAAUACAAGCAAAAAAGGAAAUAAUGUAAAUAAUUCUACUCUUUACCAACCGUUGCUACAGGAUAAUGUAUGCAUAUAAGAUGCAUAAGUAUAUGUAAAUCUAUUUUGUGAAAUAAUCGCUUUCCUUUUGUAUGCAAAUAAAGUCAUUCUUAAAUUUA